GUUAAGUUCCUGGAAUGUUUAUAUAGGCCACGGACUGACUUCAGCUCGGUUUUAAGAAAAAUUUUGCACACAAUUUCUUGCAGAGAAUUAUGACUCGAGAGAUUGAAUUUUAAAAGCUCAUAAUACUCAUUUUCUUGAAAUUAGUAUUUUUGUUUCAGCAUAUUAAAUAGUUCCUAUUAGUUUGCACCACAGGCAUUAUGACAUCAUAUCUGAAGUAUGAAAAUAAAUUGGUGACUUGUCCUUACGAUCCAGCACAUAAAGUGAAGUUCAGCAGACUGCAGCUUCAUAUAGCCAAAUGUCGAUUGAAUCAUUUAGAUCAAGAAAAGGAAGUUUGUCCUUUCAAUGCUACUCAUUUAUUUGACAGCAGUGAAAAACAUUUUCAUCUCUCCAACUGUCCCGACAGAGGAGUACUUGAUCGAACAGUUGCUGCAAAGUCUCUGAAUGAAAAUAAUCCUUUUAAAGGGAGAACUGCUGUUCCUAGCUAUACAGCAUCAGCUCAUGUUGUUGAAUCAGAUGAGACCUGGGAUAUAGAUACUUCUGUGCCACGACCUGGUUUCAUACCUCAAGGCCCUCCUCCUGGUGCAAUUUUGGAACCGAGGGAAAAUGCAAAACCAGCAGAAAGGAGACAAUUCUACCAAGAGCUUCAUAGGAUUAAUGCAGACAUGCCUGUACCAAAGGUGCAGCCUACAGCCUCAUCUCAACCUCUUGAGUCUAGACAACCAAAAAUGAUAAGUGAGGCUUCAAAACUGCAAGGUGUAGGAAGCAAGUUUUCAAAUGAUUUCAAAAAUUCAGGAAUUGGAAGAGGGAGAAUUGCAGCUGGUAUUUUCCCACCUGACAGUAAUCGCCCAGUUGAUAGCAAGAGCUACAGUGCUAUAACAAAUGGCAUGAGUCAACUUGGAAUUGGCAGAGGACAGUCUGUGCAACCUGGAAGUUUUGCUCCUGGCAUGGAUGACUUUCCUGAAUUAGGAUUUGGACGUGGACUUACGCGUAAUCCUAAAAAUGCAAAAGCUCCAGGUGCUGGUUUACCACACCAGAAAAGUUGAUGACUUUAGCUGACGUUGUAUUGUUUUGCAUUUUUUCCAGACUGAUGUUAUCAAAAUACUAAUGCUCCUGGGGAAAAUGUUACGAUGAUGCAUACAUUGGAGAUUUCAAUUUUAUAUUAGCAUUUUAGAAAAUUUUAAAUAAUGAUAUAUUUUUUGAAAUUGUGACUUUUUAAAAUUUAUUUUGAAUUUAAACAAGGGAACUUAGAUACUUAUUGUAAUAGCACUGAUGUGACUAUUUUUAUCGCAGAAGUAAGAAAGAUCUGAAUAUGCUAUAUAGUCUAACAAACUGCAAACAAAUGAAGUUUCUGAGACUGUUGUAUGGCACUUGAUGUCAAGAAUGUGGAAAAGCAUCUUUUCUCAUGAAAAAGCAAAUCAUUUUUCUACUGUGUAAUUUUUUUAAUUAUUCUUCUGUUGAAAUUCACAUUUAAAUAUUUCUAAAUGUGAUUUAUUAUCAUUAUUAUUUUUUUAAUGAGGCAUUAAAUUUUUUCUGGGAAUUUAGAAUAUUAUUUAAAGUAAAGAAUUGUCUGAUUUAUUGGUAAAUACAAAGUUAAAAUUAAAGAAAAUCUUAUGUUAAUUAUUAUCUAAUCUAUCAAGCAGUGCUCAAGUUCUGCUAAAAGUUCAAGAUUCAAAGUGUGGAAGACUAGUUGCUGUAAUUUAUGAAAUAAAUGGAAUAUUUAUGGAUUGAAGACACCCAACUAUUCAUGAGCAAUUUUAAUUAUACAAAAAUAAACGCUUGUCUUAUAAAAAAUGUUUUUUAAAUGAGAAGAGGGAUUUUGCCUGAAAGAAUUUUAUUUUAAAUUAUCUGUUAGGUUGAUUAAUAUCUUCAUUUAAUUCUUAAGGUAAGUAUAUACAGUGAAACACUGUUUAUACCUUUCUCUUCUUUUUUUUAAUCAUCAGUCAUGUUUUUUAAAUUGGUCCAUGCAGAGUCUAAUACAUAUUAAUGUAUACCUACUACAGUAAAACCUGUAACGUUAACUACCCUUGUAAGUUGAUCACUAUUUUCGGGCACAGAAUUAGAUCUAUACCAUAUAAUUCAAUCUCUAUAAGUUGACCACUAAAGUAGUGCACCUCAAGUGGUCAACUUAUACAGGUUUCACUGUAUACACUUUUUCAUUAAAUCAGGUUUUUUAUACAGUCCUUAUAAAAACGUAUAAGCAGUGCUUCUCAGUGUUGUUUGAAAAUUGGUCUUGCUGUAACAUGAAAUUUUUUUUGUUCAUUAAAAAUAUUUAACUUUAAGAAAUUAAUGUUAAUUUAAUGUACAGUAAUCUCUCGAAAAUCCGAGGUAAUCGGGGCUCACGUCACCUCGGAUGACAGAAAACUCGGAUUACCCAGAAAAUUCUUCCAAUUAAAAAUUUACACUAUUUGGAUAACAUAAGGAGGAGAAUUACUUCCUUGUGUCUAGGAAAGGAAGUAUGAUCUUCAGGAAAAUUUAUCCCUCAGAUUUACAUAUAAAUUUCCAUUUUAAUUACUUCUAAAUGAAUUUUGGCUUUAGAUUUUCAAAAUGUCUGUACGUAUUUGUGUGGGAAAAUUUGUAGGCAAUCAAAACAUGUAUUUUGACUGUGCCGGAAUCCACUCCAUUUCCACAAGCUUUCCGUCAUGACAUCUGUAUCCAUAUGCAUGCAUUCUUAUGUAUCUUGGUUAACACAAAAACGAUUAGUUGUAUAUGAUUUAAUAUUUGUGUAUGCAACUCAUGUGAUAUUAAGUUUUGCACUAUUUUUUUUUUUUAAUUGAAAUCGAAUUAUGUAUUUUAUUUUAACUCGGAAUGUAGUUAAUAAGUUUUACUGUAACAAAAAAAUUCUAUUUUCAAAUUUUAAUGAAAAUCAGUUUUUUACCUACUGGAAAACUUAACUUGAACAAUAAAUAAGCACCUCGGAUUAAGCGGAACGUCGAACUUUCGAGACUCGGAUUUGUGAGACUCUACUUGAUAUUGUUGCCUCAGAGCAACAGUAGGAUAUCUUAGUGUUUCUCCGAAGCGAAGAUAUAUGCUUGAAAGCAAAAUCUGUAUCAUGAUCAUGCCUGCAAACUUUUUUUCAUGAAAUUAUUGGAUUUUGAACAUUCCUUCCAACUAUGGAUAUGUUGUAAGAAACUUGCAUUUGAUUGUAUUUUGAGGGAUGGCAAAAAUACCUAUUUUUUCUCUUAAAUAAACAUGAAAGGUGCAUAUUACAGUGCAUUACAAUCAUCUACUGGAUUUUUAUUUUGCUUAAAAUGUUAGAAGGUACGUAUGAUGUAUGCAUUGUGUUGCACACUCAAGUUCAUAAAAGCCUAUGAGCUCCAGAGUCAACUUCACUAGUCCAUCUCUAUUACUUAGAUAAGUGCGUAAGUGUGCCGAAUGAGCUUAUCCUAUAGUUCAAAACGUUGGUUAUCAAAUCACGAGGAAAAAAUGACAGUAUGCAGUGACGUUUAGCAUCCUACAGUAGUUAUGCUAUACUACCAUGUAAAAGCAAAAUAUAUAGCAAAAUACAAACAGGUAGGUUUUACAGCACUCUUCAGUAGUAACUUUUGCUACACUAUUGUCUGGUUGUUAAAUUCUUGUUGAUAAUACUUUGUCAUUAGUUAAACUUUCUGACGAAGAUGAAGUCGUGAUCUAGUGAAUUUUUAAUAUGUACAUCAAAAAUUGAGAGAUUACCUUAUUGGUUUAUAUGAUUUUAUUUAAAAAACCCACCUCACUUAUGCUAUAUCGAUAGCAUGGACAGUUCACGGCAGCCCUCACCUUUUCCUACCACACCCCAGGGCACCGUGGCACCCUGUUUGAGAACCCCUGGUAUGUACUUUUUGUAUCAGUUUUUUUCUCAGAUGACUGGUUAAAAUAUAAACCUUUAGAGCUGGCAUUUUCCCUGAAAUUUAACAAUUUUUCUCCAGAGAAAUUCUUUCUUAUGUCCAAAUACAUAAUUUUAGACCUUGACUAAUGCACACAAAUUUAAAUAAAUUUGCUACCCCAGACUCAAUGUAAACAAUCUCACUGUGGUACUAUAAUUACUUGCAACUUAAGUUAACACUGAUGUCACGGCGCUCGGAAGGAAAAAGGUUCAACUGAUAAAACUUCACACCUACCUACUUUACAAAUAAGAGAUCGCCACCUGUCUAUGAGCUGCUACUGUCUAGCGCCUUUGAUUCAAAUGGAUCAAAUGCUACGAGCUGCUUAGCUGGUAAAACUUAAAAUAUUUAUCAGUUGACAGAAAUUGUGACAAAAAAGGUUACGUAUGCGUAGAUUUAACUAAUUCUUCGAUUUCUAAAGUGAAGAGCUUAAUUUCACCCGAAUAUCGGACAAAGCGCUAGGAACUAUUUCCUUUGCGUGACCUUGGCUUAUUUCUCCAUUGUCAAGUAAGCUUGUAGUCGAUUAUAGCUCAACUAUUGUCUAUGGAAAAUUAUGCUAUAUGCUUCAGUAUCUCUCAAUAUUCUUAGAUUUUUUUCUCUUGUCUGCUGUAGCUGUGUCAACAUAGAAUUUGUUUUACAAUAAAGUAUGACAAAAAUUUGUGUCUUAGCAAAUAUAUAAAAAUUGAAAAGUUGCAAAAGCCAUUAAAUUUUUAAUAGGAAUACUGUCGGGGAGUUGUUAAUUUUGUAAAGUAAAAAUAUUAUUCUGGGCCAUUCAUAUUUUCAUUUAUGUGCUGAACAUAUUGCUUGUUGCAAUUAUUUGGUAAAGAGGACAGUGUCAUAGGAAUAUUGAUGUAUUUUUACCAGUCACUGUUUGUUGUCUUUCUGAGAAACAGUCUUUCAUAUUAUACAUUCAUAAAGGUAUCGUACGGGUUGUUGUUUGUAAAAAGUCCUUUUUUGAUGGAAAGAAUCUGUAAUAUCUCAAUGAUAUUGAUUAUUGUUAGCCACCCUCUCCCUCCACCCCCUUAUUAGCUUAAUGAAAGGUAGCUUCUGUACAAGCAGUUUUAUGAAUUUUUUCACUUGCUGUAACAUGUUAUUUUAUUUUGUUACUCAAAAUUAUGGUAGCUGUUUCUCUAAUACCAAUUUAAUUAAAUGGUGGGAAUAUGUUAAAAUGUUUUUCCUAAAGGUGCAUUAGCCAAUUUUUUGUACCUAGUCAUGUAUUGUUGUAUGCAGGUAAGGUUUUUGUUGAUUACCUAUUUUUACUGGUAUGUUGUUGAAAAUGUGCAAAAUGUUUCCUCUUCCAUACAUGUUUACCUAAACUUAUAAGAAGUGGAGUACACAAUUGAACCAAUAUCGUGAGAGAAGCAGGAAUGGAGGGAGAGCAUAACAUGUUUGCAACUCAAAUUUUUCAACCAGUGGAAGAAAUUGCAACAGUUAAAAAGAUUUGAUGGUGUGUGUGCCAAGUUUUCAGCAUGAACAUUUAUUUUGUUGAAGUUAAUAUUCCACUGUAUACUCAAUUUUUUUUUUUUUUUUUUGUGCAGUGUAUGAAAAUGUCAACGAAAUUGGCCCUUUAUAAGUCAGAUUGAAAGUUUUAUAGAAUAUUCUUAAUUGCAAAGAACCCUGGAUAAUAAAUUUAUUAAAUUGCAAUUUCAAAAAUAUUAACAUGUAUAGUGAUCAUGAAAAUAUUUACACUGCAAAUUGUUUUGGAAUGUUAAGCAGCAUGUAUAUGAUGUGCAUUAUGAAAAUGAAGAUAAUAUAAAAAUAAUGCCAAAUAUUUUUGUGAUAGUAUAGUUUAUUUUUAAAUUUUAUCAUUUAAUUUUUCUCAUAGAAGGUGCUGUUUAACCUAAAACACAUGCAUUAUUUUUUUUGUUCUGAUAUCUUCGUUAAAAAAAUUCUUCUGUCAGAAGACUACUGACUAUAAAUAUUGAAGAUUAUAAAACUUAAACAAAGUACACUUAUUUAAUUUUGGUUCCUAAUUAUUAUAAAAUCAUUUCUAUGUAGUUUGUCAAGCUUCAGUUUAAACACCCUUUUUCUUAUAAACUAUUAGUGCAAAAGUUAAUGCUUGAAUAUGUUGAAAUAUUUUGUCAUAAUGUUUUGUGAAACAAAUGUUAGAAUGAAGUUGCAAUGCUGCUGUAUUAAAAUUCUGAAAGUUUUCAAUGUUCAAAUAAUUCAGAGGUUCAAUGUUCUGCCAGGUAAUAUUCAGUUACUUCCAUUGUUGUAUGUUUUUUAUAGCAUUUAUAUAUUUUUCUCUAUUUUAGCUGAAAUUCUUAAUCCUUUCCAUUCUGUCUCGAUAAAAUAUUUUUUUCUGUCAAUGGAGUGUUGACAUAGCAGUAGUGGGAAGAUGUAAGCUAUUUUAUAUUGAACAUUACAUUUGCAAAAUAAUUCUGUGAAAAGUUGAAGUUAUUGUAUAGUGUUUUCUUAUGAAAAAUAUUAAACAAGAGUCUAAGUACUUGAAAGGUGAAUCCAAAGAAUUGAAAGAUCUUUCACUUUAUUUCCUUAUGAAAAGUAUUUUUAUGUUGUUUAAUUAUGUAUUUGUAAUUAAUGCCAAAUAAAGUGUUAUUUACUUUA